AUGGGAGAUCAAAAUCAGCUUCUUAAGGAUUUCGCAGCCCCAAAUGCUCAAGGCACACAGUCAAGCAUUACAAGGCCCAAUGUUGAAGCUAAUAACUUUGAGCUAAAACCAUCACUGCUCUCAAUGGUUCAACAGAAUCAGUUUGGAGGAGGUGCUACUGAAGACCCGAACCUCCACCUAUCGAUUUUCUUGGAGUAUUGCGACACUUUGAAACUUAAUGGAGUGACCAAUGAUGCUAUUCGACUCAGAUUAUUUCCGUUCUCUCUAAGGGACAAGGCUAGGGCUUGGUUGCACUCAUUGCCAGCUGGGUCCAUCACCACUUGGGAUCAAUUGUCCAGAGUAUUUCUUAUAAAGUAUUUUCCUCCAAGUAAAACAGCACAGAUGAGGAACCAGAUUACAAGCUUUGUACAGAAGGAAGGAGAGUCACUUUAUGAAGCUUGGGAACGCUACAAGGAAUUAUUGAGGAUGUGCCCUUACCAUGGACUGGAAAAGUGGUUAAUUGUUCACACCUUCUACAACGGGCUCACUUACAACACACGGAUGACUGUUGAUGCUGCUGCAGGAGGAGCUUUGAUGAACAAAACAAUAGACGAGGCAUACACUCUCAUUGAAGACAUGGCUCAGAAUCACUAUCAAUGGGCGAACGAGCGUGCUCCUCAGACAUCAAAAGGAGGCAAGUAUGAAAUAGAUGCUUUAGACCAUAUAUCCUCUAAAGUUGAUGCUUUAUUUAAGAAAGUUGAAGGUUUGAGUAUUAAUUCUGUGGCGUCUACUUCAAUUUCAUGUGAGAUAUGUGGCUAUGUGGGUCAUUCUGCACUUCAAUGUCAAUUAGGAAACCCCCCAUCCAUUGAUACUUCUGGUAAUGAGCAAGUUAACUAUGUUAAUAACUUUAAUCAGAAGGGAGACCCAUUCUCCAAUACUUAUAAUCCGGGGUGGAGGAAUCAUCCUAAUUUUUCUUAUAGAAACCCACCUGGAAAUCCCAUGCCUGCAUCUAAUUUUGGUCCACCUGGUUUUCGUGCUCCUCAAUCCAAUUUCCCUUCUCAAAAGUCAAAUUUGGAAAAUAUGAUGGAGAAGUUUGUGACGAAUCAAUCAAAAUUGAAUGAAGAGUUUAAGCAGCAACAACAAACCACGAAUGAGGUGGUGAAACAAUUGGCCUCUAAGAUGGAUUCCCUAGCUACGCAUAACAAGAUGUUAGAGACACAAAUCACCCAAUUGGCACAAAAUGUUAGCUCUUCCUCUAGGCCUUCAGGCAUGCUACCUGGACAACCCGAGACAAAUCCCAGGAGUCAUGUGAAUGCUAUAACUCUUAGAAGUGGAAAACAAUAUGAGGGACCCAAGAUGAAGGAAAAUGAUGGGGUGGAUGGUCAUCAUGAAGAAAAAAAUGAAAAUGUGAUAGAUGUGGAUAAUGAGACCCAAACGCAAGAAGAAGAAAAAGUUGAAAAAUAUGUGGCCCCCGCUCCUUACAAGCCUCCUCUACCAUUUCCCCAAAGAUUUUGA